AGGCAGCUGCCGCAGCUCCAGACAUCGCUGCUGUCCGGUCAUCACUGCUGUGGCGGCGGGUUGUGGCCGGCCGGCGGCACGGCUCUUCUCCUCGUAGCGCCAUGGCCCAACCGCAGACGGCCACCCCUAGGAACCCCGAAUCGGCGGUGCCCGGUGCUGCGGUCGGCGGCCCCGUGGAGAUCCGAGUGGCCGUCCAGGAGGACGAGGAGGAGGAGGACGGUGGAGCGCCCUGCCCAGUAGCGCGGGGCGGUGGCAGCUGCAGCGAGGAGGACUCGGGGCGGUGCGGGCGCUCCAGUGGUGGGGAAAAUGAUGAUGACUCUGACCAGAACUGGAAACCACCAGAAAAUGACCUUAUCCAGAAGUUAGUAGCACAGAUUGAGUAUUACUUCUCGGAUGAGAACCUUGAGAAAGAUGCCUUCCUUCUAAAGCAUGUGAGAAGAAACAAGAUGGGCUAUGUCAGUGUCAAACUCCUCACUUCUUUUAAGAAGGUGAAACACCUUACCCGUGACUGGAGAACCACAGCCUAUGCACUGAAGUACUCAGACACUCUGGAGCUCAAUGAUGAUAACAGAAAAGUUAGAAGAAAUACUCCAGUUCCGGUGUUUCCAAGUGAAAAUCUCCCUACCAAGAUGUUACUGGUGUAUGAUAUUCACAUGAUUUCAGAGCUCCAGGCUCUUAAACAACCAGAAAAUGGAGGCAUGCAAGAAAGGAUAAUGGAGUAUCUCCUCAAAGCCUUUGUAACUUUUGGUGCAAUUUCAUCAGUUCGUAUUCUCAAGCCUGGUAGGGAUCUACCACCUGAUAUCAGGAGGGUCAGCAAUCGGUACACCCAACUGGGAACUCAGGAAUGUGCAAUUAUAGAAUUUGAAGAAGUAGAUGCUGCUGUACGUGCUCAUGACUUCAUGUGUGCCAAACAGAAAGAGACAGACAUGAAAGUUGUCCUAAUAGGCAUGAAACCUCCAAAGAAAAAAGUGCCCAAAGAUAAUAACCGUGAUGAAGACAGCAGCAAGAGUCUUAAGAAGCCUCGAUCCCUUAAUAAGAGAGUUGAGGAACUUCAGUUUGUAGGUGAUGAAUCUUCAGCAAACAGCUCCUCUGACCCAGAGAGUAAUCCUACAUCACCACUGUCAGGGCGCAAAAGUACUGCAACACAUACUAUGAGUAAUUUGAGCCCUAUCAUUCAUCCAACUAACCAUCUAAGUCCUAAUGUGUCACCCAGAUCAAGUCCUUGGAACAGUCCAUCUUCACUAAGAAAAGCAACCAAAAAGUCUCCGCUGGCUGAAGACAGCACACUUAACCUAAGCACAAGCCCUGAAAUUCCAAGGAAACGUACAGAUUAUUCCUCAGACAGCAGUAUCACUCCUUCUGGCAGCCCCUGGGUACAGAGAAGAAAAGCUCAGACUGUAACACAAGAGAGGAGUCCCGUCAGUAGCCCCAUGUUGGCUCGGAAAAUACAAAAUGCAGAUGGUCUACCUGUAGGGGUGCUGCGGCUGCCUAAAGGUCCUGAUGGCACCAAAGGAUUCCACAGUGGAUGUGAAAGAAGGAAGGCUGUGAAAAAUGAAUAAAUCAUUCUCUAAAAAGAGAUCUCUCAAGUCACUCAACUGUUUUUCUUCAAGCCUGGUGAAAAAUCAUCACUGGAGCGACCAAGUUACGUCAGUAUUUUGUUUGUAAAGAUUUUGUAUAAACUUUACCAUUUGUAUAUUCCCUUUACAAAAUCACAGACCAGUUGAGGUUGGAAGGCAUCUCUGGAGAUUGUCCAGUCCACCUCUGUUGCUCAGCCAGGAUCCACUAGAGUAGAUCACUUGGGGUUUUAAAACCUCUGCAAGGACAGAGACUCCCCAGUCUGUCUGGGCAGUGUGUUUCCAUGUUCAAGCACCUGCACAGUAAAAGGUGUUUCCUUACAUUGAAGUUUAAUUUCCUGGUUUCAGUUUGUGCCCCUUUUCCUGUUAUCUGGUAUUGCUGAGAAAACCCUGGCUCCAUCCUCUCUACUCCUUCCCAUAUUUAAAAAUAUUGAUGAGCUUCACCACCCUGAGCCUUCUCCAGUUUAAACAGCUCCGUCUCUCUAGGCCCUUCCUAUGAGAGAGGCACCGGUCUCUUCCUCAUCUUAGGCACUUAGGUCAUGCAGUACCCUUAUCUGCACCAUUAUUUUCUAAAAUGUAUUACUUUGAAAUGCCUAACUAUAGAAACAGGUAUAUAAAUAAUUCAUAUAGCUACGUUAUUUUCAAAGCUAUGAUCCUGAGGAGCAGCAUGAAAAUACUGAGAGUUUGGGGGUUGCAUUUUGAUAAGCUAUGGUAUGUUACCAGCCUAAUCAUGAGGAAUGGAGGUUUUGGAGACUCUGUUUGUCUCAAAAUGAACUCUGAGAAAACUUAUGCUACAGUGAGCAGUUGCUCUCUGCUUGUACACACCUCCAAAGACAACAUUGCUUGGUAGGACCAAAGUGUGUACUUUCAUCUGAUGCAAAUAGGCUCUGAGCACUGGAGACUGUUCUGUAAGUGUUGGCUCAUAUUAUCAGAGUGAAAUAAACAGAAAUAUUACCUCAGACUAGAUCUAUUUCAUUUACUUAAAUAAUAAGUUGAGCUGCAUCUGAAUAGCUAUUUAAACCUUAUCUUAC